AUGUCAAAAACUGAUUUUCCUGUUAUUUUUCUUACACAUGGAGCCGGUCCUAUGAUGUUUCUUGAGUCACCACCAUCUCGUACUCUUGGUGAAAUCGAUAAAAACAGUCCAGCAGCUCAAUGGUUUCGUCAAUUAUCUGAACAAUUAGCUUUACCAUCAUUACCAAAAGCAAUUCUUAUUAUAACAGCACAUUGGGAAACAUCAAAUGCUGUACAUAUCAGUGCACAAGAAAAACAUACAGAGCUUCUUUAUGAUUACUAUAACUUUCCACCAGAAGCUUAUAAACUUCAAUAUAAUCCAUUAGGUGAUAUAGAUUUAUCAAAACGUGUUAAACAAUUACUUGAACAAGCUGGUAUAUCAGCUAAACUUGAUGAUAAACGAAAUUUUGAUCAUGGAGUUUUUAUUCCACUUAAACUUAUCUAUCCAGAUGCAAAUAUUCCAGUUGUUUCAAUGUCUGUUCUUGAAAGUUUGUCACCAGCUCAACAUUUAGCUAUUGGAAAAGCUCUUGAACCAUUAAGAAAAGAACAAAUAUUAAUUAUUGGAUCAGGUUCAUCUGUACAUGGAUUUCAAGCAACAGAAACGCAAGUAAAUGAAUUUAUGAAUGAAUUAACUAAAGUUCUUACACAAUAUGAUGAACAUGACCGUGAAAAAGUUUUACUUAAUUGGGAUAAAGUAUUACCUUAUGCACGAACGAAUCAUCCACGCGAAGAACAUUUUAUACCUUUACAUGUUAUUGUUGGUGCUGCAGGUUCAGAUCGUGGUCAAUUAUUAAAUCCAACUGUAACAAGUGCACAAGCUUCUUUUAAAUUUAGUGUUUAA